AUGGACACAUUUGCUCUCCACCCCUCGGACCCGUCUUGGGAGGAGCCUCGCUGGGGCGAAACGCAUAUCAUCAGGCCCUUCAACUGCGAUCACAGUGCCAACGUCAAUGCCGGACGUGCGAACGCUGACGAGCCUUGGAAGUUCACCGAGCGGGCAAAAGCCUUGGAUGAGGCAGCCAGCAAACUUAACUACCUCAGUGCCAGCAACUCGCCGCUAGCUGAUGUUCAGACAUUCCUUACGGAAUGGGAAGAUUCCGCAGCGAACAUACAACCGAAUGCACUGGCCUGGUUCAACGACUCGAAUGCAAUACGGAAUGCCUGCACAAACGACAGUCGGGAGGUAGUGCAUCUCCUCUUGGACAAGGGCCUGCAGCCGGACGCCCUGGCGAUCUCAUGCGCAAAGAAAAAUUGGAAAGAAACAGGAGAUAGUUAUCUCAUCAAACUCCUUGUUGACUCCGGCUGGGACAUCAACGAGCCCAUCAACGACAACACUCCCCCACUGAUGAGCUUGUCCCGAGGCGCGGACCCGAAGGCCUCCAGCUUGUCAGGAGAUACCGUCAUGCAGCGAGCUGCUAGUUACGCUUCUCUAGACACGCUGAAGCUCCUGGCCGGCCACGGAGGCUCUGUUGUGGAUGGUGCUUUAGUCGUCCAAGCAUCUUAUCGCCACACUCUUGGUGUUCCUGGGCGCUUGGAGCUGGUCCAAUACCUCUUGGAUCAAGGUGCCCCUACCAACGCCUUCUAUAUGGAGAAUCGCAAUAAAGCUAUUCAGUCGUGCGAAGCUAUGCUCAUGGGAAGACAGAAUGCUCUUCAUUUUGCGAUCUGGGGUGGAAAGAGCGAUAUGGUGAAGUUGCUGCUUGAUAGAGGCGCGGAGCAGGUCAGUACUUGCUCUGCGAUGAAGACGGAUAGGCACCCUAUGUCGCCCUUGGAGCUUGCCGAAAAGUAUAGAGUUAAGGACAAUGUCGCGUUAUUAGAGGAGGCAGGCUGA